AUGUGUCCUAUUCCGGUUUUUUCAUUCUUUCAGUUCCCAAAAAUCACGAUCAAUCAGGAUAUUUUAUUUUCAAUUUAUUGCAGACCAUCAAAAUUUGAACCAUUUGAAAUAGAAAUACUCUAUUUCAUAAUUUUCAUUUUAUGUAAAAAUUCUAUUUUCAUUUGGACAAAAACAGAAAAGCAGAAUGCCCAGCAACGGCUGUCACGUAAACGAAAAAGUCGCUGGCAAGAUACGGAAGAUGAUUCGGUUCUGAGCGGCCUGCCCACUGUCAUUCCUCCGGGUCUAACUAAGGCGCAAGAGGAGCAGUAUAUCAUGCAAUUGCAAAUAGAGGAAAUAACAAGAAGGUUACGAUCUGGCGAGUUAGGCAUCCCCCAAAGAGCAGAAGACAGGUCUCCCUCUCCUGAACCAAUUUAUGGCCCUGACGGAAAGAGAACGAACACAAGGGAAAUUAGAGUUAGGAAGAAAUUGGAGGAAGAGAGGCACAAGCUAAUUUUAAUCGUCAUGAAAACUAACCCUGAGUAUAAGCCACCUUUCGACUACAAGCCGACUAACAUAAAAGUUAGUGAAAAGAUUGUCAUACCCCAAGAAGAUUACCCAUUGUUGAAUUUUGUCGGCCUGCUCAUUGGACCCAGAGGAAACACACUGAAAACUCUUGAAAAAGAGACCGGGGCGACAAUAAUAAUUCGAGGUAAGGGCUCAGUGAAAGAGGGCAAAUUAGGGACAAAAAACGGCAUUCCCCUUCCAGGACAGGACGAACCUCUGCAUGCCUAUGUCACAUCCACCAAUCCCGAUUCCGUGAAGAAGGCCAUUGAAAGGAUAAAAGAAAUAAUAAAGGAGGGCAUAGCCAUUCCGGAUGGGGACAACGACCUUCGAAGGCAACAACUCCGAGAGCUCGCACUCUUGAAUGGUACCCUUAGAGAAGGGGAUGCUUUAUCAAAACUGAAGCAACUACAGCAGGCACAGUCGAUCGUUACCAACACCAUCCUGUGUACCGUCUGUGGUGGGGCCGGACACAUUGCCCCUGACUGCAAACAGAAACGGUUAGUUGAUUGGCUGGUUGAUUGGUUGAUUGUUUGUUUGAUUGAUUGA